AUGAGCACUCUGAUGUCCAUGGGACCAAUGUUAGUAAUGGAUAAUAAAAAUGGUGGUCCAGUAAAGCUGGAAAGUUUUGAUCCACAUCACGGUCCACACCAUAUGCAUCCGGGACCACCACCACCGCAGCCACAAACAAUGCGUCAAAUGCCGCCGACACAACCGGGACAUUACAAUAUGAAUCAGACGACAACUUCCAGUGGUCAACCAACAAUGAUGACUUCAUCGAUGAACAGAUCCCAAAGAUGUGGUGUAUGUAGAGGUUGUCAGUGUAAACCGUGUGGACAUUGUCAGUAUUGUCAGGACAGUCCUCAGUUUGGAGGUCCAGGUGUCAAGAAACAAUCAUGCAUUGAACGACAAUCUGAUACAACUGCUGAACAAGGUUUCUUGUUGGAUCUACUUUCACCAUUUUUUCAGCGUGAUGCCCCAACGUUUAAAGCUCGAGUUGGUUGUAAUCAGUGUGAAGACUGUAGGAUGCCUGACUGUCAAGUCUGUCUUGUAUGCCUCGAUAAAAAGUUCUUUGAUAAUCGUUAUAUGACCGGUGCAAUGUGUGCAAAAAAGCGUUGUAAUAACGCCACGACAAUUGAAUUACCAGCAGCGCAGAAUGCUGAUAUAAGACAGGCGCAUAAACGAUCUUAUGACCAGUCGAUACCACAGGAUUAUCAGAUGAUGAAACGACGUGUGCCGCCUGGUAUGGAGCAUCUAAAUCAACAGCGCAUGAUGGCAAUGCCACCGCAGCCACCACAGGUAAUGAAUGCCGAUCCGGGACCACCUCGUCCAGUAGCGUCGAUGUAUCCAGGCGGACCACCAAUGCCACAGCCACAUCUGCGUUUAGUACCACCACAGAUGGCGCCGCAUCCGUCGCAUCUAUUAAUACCGCAUCCAGGUACCAUGAUACCAAUAUCGUCAGCUAGUGGACCGAAUCUAAACCAGCAGCCAUCGACUAUGAUGGGACCUCCACCACCGGACGGUGGACCGCAGGGACAGGGAGGACCACAGAUGGCACCACCACCACCGCAGUAUAUGCCACAAGCGCCGCCGUAUCUGAUGGCACAAACAUUUCAGCAGACGUAUUUUGAUGACUCGGCACCCUUAGCUGAUCCAUUUGUUCCACCAAGUUAUGCUCCAGAAAUGAAGAAUGCUGUUGUUUUACAACCUUUAUAG